AUGUUCUCUAAAUAUCGUGAUGAAUUAAUUGCCACUGCUAAAGCUAUUGUUGCACCAGGUAAAGGUAUUUUGGCAGCUGAUGAGAGUACAAAUACAAUUGGAAGUCGUUUCCAAAAGAUCAAUUUGGAGAACAACGAACCAAACAGACGUGCCUACAGAGAUUUGUUGAUCAACACUGAGGGAGACAUCAACAAGUUCAUUGGUGGUGUUAUUUUGUUCGAAGAGACACUCUACCAGAACGAUGAGCAAGGCACUCCAUUCCCAGCCAUCCUCAAGAAGCACGGUAUCAUCACCGGUAUCAAGGUCGACAAGGGAACCGUCGUCAUCCCAGGUACCGACGGUGAGACCGCCACACAAGGACUCGACGGUUUGGCCGAUCGUUGCAAGAAGUACUACGAAGCCGGUGCCCGUUUCGCCAAGUGGAGAGCCGUCCUCAAGAUCGACGUCCCAAAGGCAUUGCCAUCGCAACUCGCCAUCACAGAGAAUGCCCAUACUCUUGCACGUUACGCCGCCAUCUGUCAGGAGAACGGUUUGGUGCCAAUCGUCGAGCCAGAGAUUCUCAUGGACGGAACUCACUCCAUCGAAGACUCUGCCGUCAUCACCGAGCGUGUCUUGGCCGCCGUCUUCAAGGCUCUCAAUGACCACCACGUCAUGUUGGAGGGUGCCCUCCUCAAGCCAAACAUGGUGUUGAACGGAACUGGAAACAACGCACCAGCCACCCCAACCAGAGUCGCCGAGCUCACUGUUCGUACUCUCCAGAGAACCGUUCCACCCGCUUUGCCAGGUGUCGUUUUCCUCUCUGGUGGUCAAACCGAGUUGGAAGCCACAGCCAACUUGAACGCAAUGAAUCUUCUUCCAAACCGUCCAUGGUCACUCUCAUUCUCAUACGGUCGUGCACUCCAAGCUUCGAUCAUCGCCACCUGGAAGGGUUCCAAAGACAACAUUGAGGCUGCCCGUAAAGUUUACCUCCACCGUGCACUCUGCAAUUCACUCGCUCAACUCGGUAAAUACCCAGGUGAAGAGGCAACCGCUGAGAACUCUCAAAGUUUAUUCGUUUCCAACUACAAAUAUUAA